GCCAAACACGGUUUGGUGAAUUGAAGGUCAUAGACAUAAAGAUUGUCAAUAAGAAGAAUUAAAAUAAGUUAUUCACACAUUCAAUGAUACAUGGAUAGACGAAGGUGGAGGCCUUCGGCGCCGGUAGUUAUCUUACUAUUGCUUUUCAUUUUUUUUGCUCCGGUACGUCGUAUUCCUUCUCGAAAUGGGGAUUCAACAGAGAAAAGUCUUCAAGCCGAAAGGAAUUGGUAUUCGAAGAUUCAGAACUCAACGUUUCUUGACGCUCCUGAAAUAGUGCGACAAUCUACAACAUUUCCCAAAGAGGUGCUGUCGAAAAGAAACGCAAUAUACAAGUCUUCCGCUGGUCCUGGUGAUAGCCAUUCAAACCAUACAUCUGUCGUGAUAGGAAAUUGGAAAAAAGUCUCUUUUGAUUCUUUUGGCAAGGUUUCUCCCAAUGUAACAUGGCAUCGAACAUUACAAAAUAUCGUAAACUCCGAAAAAGGAGGGUUCUCAGCUAAUGUAUACGAAUAUCCCGCACAGAACUCAAAUGACUUCACGUUUGUUAUGAAUAUGGAGAAUUCCAAUGGCACUUCACUAUAUCAGUUAGUAUUUUAUGGCGAUCGUAUUGAUAAGGCUCAUGCAUUGUUGGGAGCUACCGAGGUUUCGCCGGAAUUUCCAGGUGUAGAUGGUAUUCCAUGGCUUUUCCAUGAGCCAGCCGAUAAGUCUGAUUUGCCGUUUGAUGGCCAAGAGUAUUUUGAAGUUUUAAAAAACAAGUCCCUUGGAAGAAUUGACGAUAGGAUUGAUCAAAUCUCACGGGGAGGUUGGUCUCCUUUGUUAUACGGGGAGGAAAGUGUUUCCUGUCGGGCUUACUUUUACGGAUUCAAUAAGAACACUGGACUGAGCAGAAAAACUCUUGCCGCUAUAGAAGAUGAAUAUUACCAUCCACAAGGAGUAUCUAUAAAAAAGAUGCCCGACGUGCUAUUGUCUGGCUUAAUCUAUUCCCCAGACUGCAACGUCGCCUUUACUUUUUCUAAUUACAAGGGCCCCCGCAAUUUUGUCUUUGAUGCUGGUUUAGUUCGAUUUGCUUCUUUCUAUAUCAUCAUAAUCUUUUAUCAGAUCUUUUUGUUGUUGCGACAGAUGCGCUUAAAUUCACCUUCUUAUGUUCAACGCCUUUCAUUCAUUACCAUUGCUAUUCAGGCUUGUCUCGACGCUUUCAUAGCAAUUUUUUUUCUAAGCAUAAAUGUUGUUAUCGAAAGGGGCUAUUUACCUUUUGUUUCCGUCGCUUUUCUUUCACUAAUUCCAUCGGUAAUGUUUACCAUGCGGUAUUUGGCUUUGAUUUUGCGUGUUCAAAAUUCUAAUUCUCCUCCACCGCCGCCGCUUCCCCCUACUCCGAACAACAAUGAAUCCACGAUUGAAGGUGAAGGUGAACAUGGUAAUGCCAACACAACCAACGUGGAGAAUGUGCAACCAGAAGCAGGUAUGACUCAGCAUGAACGUGAUCAGCGAGAUUGGUCAGCUGUUUGUCUUCGAUUUUAUUUUGUAAUACUUGUUGUCUGUAUUGUGUCCUUGUAUUCCGCUUUUUGGCCUGUCACUUAUCGAUUCUAUUUCAUUUCUAUUCUUUUGUUUACCUGUUAUUCUUUUUGGGUUCCCCAAAUUAUUCAGAAUGUCAAGCAAGGUACAUCGCGAAGUUUUUCUUGGAUAUAUAUUAUCGGGCUAAGCAUAUCCCGUAUGUAUAUGCCUACGUUUAUAUUCAUUUAUUCUGAAACCACUUUGAAAUUUCCUCCCAAAUAUACGUUUGCCGUUGCUUUAGGUUUGUGGAUGUGUCUCCAGGUUUUUAUUUUAUUUGCGCAGGAUACUUUGGGACCCAGGUUUUUUCUACCAAAGAGGUUGUUUCCUUCUAGUUCGACUUACGAUUAUCACCCGAUUAUUCAAGCAGGAGAUUUAGAAGCUUUAAUGCAUGAUGCCAACGUAUGCCCUAUUUGUAUGCAAACAAUAGAACUUGUUUCUAGUGGCUCCACUUUAAACCCAGCUUCAAGGAUUGUUAGAAGGAACUACAUGCUUACACCAUGUCAUCAUCUGUAUCAUAGGCAGUGCUUGUUACAAUGGAUGGAAACCAGAAGUAUAUGCCCUGUUUGUCGAUGCCAUCUUCCUCCUGUAUAAAUUAUUCUUGUCAUGAACUUCUUACUAAAAAAAAUUUAUCACCAAAUACUCCCGUUAAUUUCAUGAGAGAAAAAAAAUAAAGAAAAGAAAAGAAAAGAAAAGACCUGCAUUUCUGACUAUGGUAAUUAUUAAUGAAUGAUAUUCAUGAUGCAAUUCAAAUCGAUGUUCCUUAUAUCAUGUAAAUAUAUACUUAUGUAUGUCAAAACGGAAGUAUGACAACUAACUGCUUUCAGAAGAAAGCCAUGUUGAUAGAAUACGUCCUCCAUCAACUCCUAAAUAUUGAAGCUUUUCAUUGGUGAAACCAAGAUUUUUCAAAAGUCGCAUAUUCAACCCUCCGGAUAAAUGGGAAGCAGACCGUCCCUUAGAAGACAGAAGCAGGUUAAAUGCAUUCAAGCGUAAACGAUCAAACCUUGCCAUCGCACGAAUAUAAGGGGCAACUUCUGUAAUAAGUAUGUCAUUCGUACGAUCUAUACUAUUAGGAGGAAAGAAAAUGGAUGAGUGAGAUUCGGAAAGGGAAAAGAAAGAAAGAGCAUUGUAGACCUCAUCAGGAUCCGUUCUAACAAAGUUAGUAAAUUUUUUCAUCUUAAUGUAACCAUACUUAUAAGAUACUUUUGAGGCUAAGACAGCUAAAUAAAGGGGAACUCUUUUUAAUGGAGUCGGUAAUAUUGUAAUAAUAGGU